AUCUGCAAAAUCCUCUACAUGACUUGCACAAUGCUCCCUUGAGGGCCUCAGCAAAAUCAUUCCCGUAAGCCUCCCCCACGUACCCUUUCUUACGCCCCUUCUUACGCCCCUUCUUACGCCCCUUCUCAUAUUCAUGCCUCAUUCCUACAAGAUUUCUAUUCACCACCCUUCUCUCCCCACCAUCCACCUUGUUCGCAAACACAAACCCCCCAGGGGCCAGAUUACUCCCUUCCGCAGUCACUAUUACAAUCGUUGGCGGAAACUUUAUGCUGCUAAGUACGAAGGAGAUCCUAGCGAACCCUACACGCUUAUUAUCGAAACGGUCAGAUCGAGUCGCAAUCCAGUUCAGCACAUCCUCUACAUCCUGAAUGGUAGCAGGCUAGCGGUCCUCGGACGCCUUUCGGUAAUCGACGUCGAGCACAUAGAUACAUGCAUCUUGGGCGAUCUAGAAGUAUGUGUCGCUACUGAACAUACUUGUGAAGCCAAAGCCACCCGAGCCAGUUUACAGGAACGGGUUGUAGUCCAGAUUGCGCUGGUGUGGCAUUUGAGGCUACUAACGGUGGAUGAUAGAGGAAUUCUAUGAUGCUGCGGCUCGGAUCAUUGACGGAGCGGUGAGGCGCCCUUAUUGUUUUAGUAAAGAGUAUUGGUACAUUUGUUUCGCAGGCUGCGAACCUUGACGACCAUCACCAACCGGGCUUGAAGCACAAGGUCGGUCGGGAUAUACUGACUCAAAACCCACUCACAACUGACGCAGUUUACUUGGCACCACAAAUCUCAAAACUUAGAUAUAGGGCUGACAGGCGUUUUCAACAUCUCACGUUAGCUUUAGGAUGUGUUAGACACAUGCGGCGGGACACACACGAGGUAGGUAUC